GCUGUAGCUCGGCCAACCCAGGGGCCCACACGCGCGCGGGGCCCCGUGGUUUAUAACGCGGUUUAGCAGUUGCAGGCCUGUUCCGUAACCUGCAAAAUGGGGGUGAUGCGAAGGCGGGCUAGAGAAGUCGCCGCGAAGUUGUAAAGUCUCGGCGGGGAGCCCUGCAAGUAACUUGGUCGUUACUGUGCGUUCUCCCUGCGAUCUCGAAGAAUUCACCCUCACUGCCGCCGCCACGCACCUGAGCACCCGGAGGAAGGGGCUAGUGCGUUUCCUUCGCCGUCCGGAAGGCGCUGGGGCCCCCAGUGCCGCGCGGGGCCGGGGCGGGGCUGGUGAAAAUGCCUGGAAUCCCAGCACUUUCCGAGGCCGAGGUGGACGGAUCGCUGGAUCCCAGGAGUUCCAGACCAGCCUGGGCAAUAUAGAGAGACAAAAAUAAAACUCACGAAAUCAGCCGGGCAUGGCGGCGCGCGCCUGUGGUCCCAGCUACUCGGAAAGCUGAGGCAGGAGAAUCGCUUGAGCCCGGGAAGUCGAGGCUGCAGUGAGCCUAGAUCGCGCCACUGCACUCCAGCUUGGGCGACAGAGCAAGGCUGAAAAAGAUGCUGUAAGUGCUGCAACGUGGAGACCGCGAUCUUGGCCCGCAGGCCUCAGCGCUGGAUAGGAUUGAAGCUUCAAAAUGACUGACCAGGACCCUGGGGGCAUCAGCCCCCUCCAGCAAAUGGUGGCCUCAGGCGCUGGGGCGGUGGUCACCUCCCUCUUCAUGACACCCCUGGACGUGGUGAAGGUUCGCCUGCAGUCUCAGCGGCCUUCCAUGGCCAGCGAACUGACGCCUUCCUCCAGACUGUGGAGCCUCUCCUAUACCAAAUUGCCCUCCUCUCUCCAAUCCACAGGGAAGUGCCUCCUGUACUGCAAUGGUGUCCUGGAGCCCCUGUACCUGUGUCCAAAUGGUGCCCGUUGUGCCACCUGGUUUCAAGACCCUACCCGCUUCACUGGCACCGUGGACGCCUUCGUGAAGAUCGUGAGGCACGAGGGCACCCGGACCCUCUGGAGCGGCCUCCCUGCCACCCUGGUGAUGACUGUGCCAGCUACUGCCAUCUACUUCACUGCUUAUGACCAACUCAAGGCCUUCCUGUGUGGUCGAGCCCUGACCUCUGACCUCUACGCACCCAUGGUGGCUGGCGCGCUGGCCCGCUUGGGCACCGUGACUGUGAUCAGCCCCCUGGAGCUCAUGCGGACAAAGCUGCAGGCUCAGCACGUGUCAUACCGGGAGUUGGGUGCCUGUGUUAGAACUGCUGUGGCUCAGGGUGGCUGGCGCUCCCUGUGGCUGGGCUGGGGCCCCACUGCCCUUCGAGAUGUGCCCUUCUCAGCCCUGUACUGGUUCAACUAUGAGCUGGUGAAGAGAUGGCUGAAUGGGCUCAGGCCAAAGGACCAGACUUCUGUGGGCAUGAGCUUUGUGGCUGGUGGCAUCUCAGGGACGGUGGCUGCCGUGCUGACUCUACCCUUUGACGUGGUGAAGACCCAACGCCAGGUUGCACUAGGAGCGAUGGAGGCUGUGAGAGUGACACCCCUGCAAGUGGACUCCACCUGGCUGCUGCUGCAGAGGAUCCGGGCCGAGUCGGGUACCAGGGGACUCUUUGCAGGCUUCCUUCCUCGGAUCAUCAAGGCUGCCCCCUCCUGCGCCAUCAUGAUCAGCACCUAUGAGUUUGGCAAAAGGUUCUUCCAGAGGCUCAACCAGGACCGGCCUCUGGGCUGAAAGGGGCAAGGAAGCAAGGACCCCAGCUCUCCACGGAUGGGGAGAGGGCAGGAGGAGACCCAGCCAAGUGCCUUUUCCCCAGCACUGAGGGAGGGGGCUGGUUUCCCUAGCCUUCUGGCGACAAGCCCAAGGGCAGGGCUGCCCCUCUGGGUGGCCCUGGCUUUCCUCAGACGCAGCUUCUUCCUGCUGUUCCCGGUCGUGGGGAUCAUGACUUUCCCACCCCCAAGUUCAAGACCAAAUCUUGCAGCUGCCCCCUUCGUGUUUCCUUGUGUUUGCUGUAGGUGGGCCUGUCUCCAGGAGCCAAGAAACCCUCAGCCUGGUGUAGUCUCCCUGACCCUUGUUAAUUCCUAAGUCUAAAGAUGAUGAGCUUCUG